GGAGGAUCCACGGCCGCUCAACUGCAAGAUACGGGAGAUCUUGUUGUGAAGCAGGGUGAGAGCAUUGUUUGGGAAAGCUUCAAUGGCGACAGUGAUACAAUAAUGCCGGGGAUGAGGCUAAAGGUAAACAAGAAAACCGGAAAACGGAACGUGAUAAGAUGUUGGAGUAGCAGUAAUGAUCCCCGGCCAGGGAAAUUCUCCUGGGGAAUUGAUCCUAAAGGAUCUCCGCAGAUGUUCAUUUGGAAAGAAAACACUCCUUAUUAUAGGACCACCUUGCAUCAAGAAGGGUUUACUUACAGUAUUUACUUCCCCUCAGGGGGGUAUGGAUAUUAUUCUUAUGCUACAGAAAAUGAUGAACUGUAUAUCAGCUAUGGAUUUGCUAACACCUCAGUUCAAGCAAGGUUCCUCUUGACUCCGGAAGGUCAUAUUCAGACUCUGUUGAGGCCAAAAACAAGUGAAAAAUGGCAAUUGCUGUGGCAGGCGCCAGCCAAUGAGUGUGAAUUUUAUGCACGGUGUGGUUCAUUUGGAAGCUGUGAGAGCUACGAUUCACACCCGGUUUGCAGUUGCUUGAAAGGGUUUAAACCAAAAUCACAGAAAGAUUGGGAUAAGGGGAAGUAUGAUGGAGGGUGUGAGAGGAGCAUAGCGUUGGGGUGUGGAGAAGCUGAUACAUUCAUGAGGCUGCCUAUGAUGAAAUGGCCUGACCAUUCAUCUUCACUGGCAAUUAUGACAUUUCAGGAAUGCCAAAUGGAGUGUUCUAAGAACUGCUCGUGCACCGCUUUUGCGUAUGCAAAUAUCUCUACUAACUCAGUAGUAAAUUGUAUAAACUGGUUUGUUGACUUAGUCGAUUUGGCAAAUAACUAUACAUCUGGAGGUUUCGCCCAAGAUCUUUAUGUUCGUGUUCAUUCAUCUGAGCUAAAUGGAAGCAGUGGAAAUGAUGAUUCACCUCACAGAAACAAACGUCGUCUUGUUGCAAUAAUAGUUGCCUCAGUCUCUUCAUUCUUUCUUCUUACUGUUUUGGUGUAUAUCCUCACCUGGAAAUACUGUGGAAGAAAAGGUUGGGUUUCUAAAAGGGCUACAUUGUCAACUGCACCCCUUCUUGGAAAUGAUCAUAUAGAGUUGCUACAACUUAGUUUGUUGAGAAUAAUUGAUGCUACAAACAACUUCGAUGAAGCAAACAAACUUGGAGAGGGUGGUUUUGGCCCUGUAUAUAAGGGAUUUUUAUCAGAAUUUGGGAUGGUAGCCAUCAAGAGACUAUCCAAGCAAUCAUCUCAAGGUUUGAAGGAGUUCAUGAAUGAGCUGAAGCUAAUUGCAAAACUACAGCAUACAAAUCUUGUGCGCCUAUUGGGUUGCUGCAUUGAGGGUGAAGAAAAAAUAUUAAUCUAUGAGUACCUGCCCAAGACAAGUCUAGACAAGUUCUUAUUUGAUGCAAUUCAGCAAGAUAAGUUAGAUUGGAAUACACGUAUUCAAAUAAUAGAAGGAGUUGCACAAGGAAUUCUUUAUCUUCACAAGUACUCUAGGCUGAAAGUCAUUCACCGGGACUUAAAAGCAAGUAAUAUUUUACUUGAUGAAGCAAUGAAACCCAAAAUAUCAGAUUUCGGAAUAGCAAGAAUUUUUGGUAUUGACCAAACUCAGGCGAAAACAAAUCAUGUGGUUGGAACAUAUGGUUACAUCCCGCCGGAAUACGUAUUGCAUGGUCAAUUUUCUGAAAAAUCAGAUGUAUUCAGUUUUGGAGUGCUGCUAUUGGAAAUUGUUAGUGGCCAGAAGAAUUCUAAUUUUUUUCGAACUCAACUUUCUUUAACUCUCAUAGGAUGGGCAUGGAAAAACUGGAAAGAUGGACAACCACUUGAAUUUGUUGAUAUAGCAAUAAAAGAAUCGUGUGACUCUCUCAAGGUCAUAAGGUGCAUCGAGGUGGGACUUCUAUGCGUUCAAGCAAUUCCAACGGAUAGACCAAUUAUGUGUGAUGUAGUUCAAAUGUUGAGCAGUGACCAUGCAACACCAAUUCCACAAUUCAAAGAACCUGCAUUUGUUUUUAGCCAAUCCAAUUCCAUUGUUUGUACUUCUCAUCCUAAUUCUAAAAAUGAGAUUACAAUUAGUAUUCUCGAUCCUCGAUAAAGGAUCUGUCA